AUGUCUGUCCACAUUGCCGGAAGCCGGGGAAAGGCCCUGUUUCCAAUUGACGCAGGAACCUUUCACCCUGAUCACUCCCAUCCGCAUUAUCCUCCCUAUCACUCAAAAUCUGUCCCAACAAUCGAUCAAUCCAACGAAGACAUCGCCCGAAGAUGCAUUGCCGACACCAAUCGUCUAUGGAAAGACAUUCACUACACAGCCCAGUGGGGAGCCAUCCCCAACAGCACUGGGAUGGCAAGACUCACUCUGUCGGAUGACGAUAAGAAUGUCCGAGACUACUUCGUGAGUGAAGCGAGGAGUAUUGGGUGCAACGUCAAGGUCGAUGAGAUGGGAAACAUUUUUGCAAUUCUCCCCGGAUACAACAACAGCGUUCCCCCAAUCGGCAUGGGCAGUCAUCUUGACACCCAGCCUGCAGGCGGUAGAUACGACGGGAUACUUGGCGUUUUGAGUGCGCUUGAGGUCUUAAGGACGGUUAAGAAUUCAGGCGCAAAGACGUAUGCUCCGCUGGCCGCAAUCAAUUGGACCAAUGAGGAAGGGGCACGUUUUACACCGGGCUGCAGCGGCUCUGCGGUUUGGGCAGCGCACAUGCCCGUCUCCCAGUUCCACAAUCUCAUCGAUUCGACGACAAAUUGCACAAUGCGCGAAGAGCUGGACCGAAUCGGAUACUCUGGAAGCAUAGAAGCGAGCCACCAAGUGAACAAGCUUAGUGCCCACGUUGAACUCCACAUCGAACAGCGACGAGUUCUGCAGGACACCGGGCGCAAGAUUGGCAUUGUUACAGCCAUUCAAGGUAUUCGCUGGUACCAGAUAUCUAUAGUCGGAAAGAGAGCACAUGCAGGAUCAACUCCUAUGGCCCAGCGUGCUGACGCGCUUGUUGCCGCUGCAUCGGUUGUACUAUUCGUCAACAAGAGAGCGCGAGAGAUUGGAGCCGUGGCCACAGUUGGUGUCUUGACACUUGAUAGGCCAUCCUCCAACACUGUUCCAGGGGUGGCUACGUUCUCUCUAGAUUUACGACAUCAAUCAGAAUCCGCCUUGGAGGAGUUUGAAUCCAGUAUCAGAGGUGAAUUGGACAAGCUAGGGGCUGAAAUUGCCAGGCUCAAUUCGACCAUGGAGAGGAUCUGGCACAGUCCGGCGGUUCAAUUAGAUCGAUCUGUGAUAUCAUGUAUAAGAAAAGCAGCGCACCGCGUUGUCGGCGAAGAUUUGUCGAUGGAUACCAUCUCUCUGGCGGGUCAUGAUAGCGCUUUGACGGCGCUUAGAAUCCCAACGGCUAUGAUUUUCGUCCCGAGCAAGGAUGGAAUAAGCCAUGCCCCUGAAGAAUUUACCAGCGAAGAGGAAUGUGGCCUGGGACUGCAGGUUCUGCUCGAUACGGUCUUGGAAAUUGACUCGUUGCUAAGAUCACGCGACAGC